CCUUUCGAUCUGCUUCUUCCCUGUCCGUGCAUCAAGCACCGAACUCUGCUCCUCCCUGCUUCCGUCACGCGAGAGCACUCCACUCCCACGCGAACCCUAGCAGUGGUUUUCCCUGGGGGGGGCCGCUAAGCAGCUUGGUCCCAAGCUGUAGAAGCAACUCCGAUCCCAGCCGCGGCGCAUCAGCUCCGGUUUCUGGAGCCGGAUUGGGGGAUCUGCGCGAUGUCUUGGUCCGCGCCCGACGACAUCCUCCUCUCCACCUCCCUCGCCGGCUUCUUGGACAAGAAACUUAUUGUCCUGCUAAGAGAUGGACGGAAACUUCUUGGCACCCUCUGCUCAUUUGAUCAGUUUGCAAAUGUUGUUCUUCAGGGUGCUUGUGAACGAGUGAUUGUAGGGGAACAAUAUUGUGAUGUUCCUCUUGGUCUGUAUGUUAUCCGAGGAGAGAAUGUUGUUUUAAUCGGAGAAUUGGAUCGCGAAAAGGAUGAACUCCCUGCUCACAUGACAUGUGUUUCAGAAGCAGAAAUAAGAAAGGCUGAAAAGGCAGAGCGAGAAGCAAGGGAUCUGAAAGGCACGAUGAGGAAACGGAUGGAGUUCCUAGACUUCGAUUAAGAUCGUUUCCGUGGUAGGUUGCUGCUCCCAUUUUGUGGCCGCGGAGUUUUUAGUGGCGGCCUGUGCCAUACCUGAUGACUGCGCCGUAUCCCACAGUCGCAUGCUUCUCGUUUGUCCAGAAACGCUUUGGAUUGAUGGAGGGUUCAGCGAACAAAUUCCUUUUAACUAGCAGUGCUGUUUUCUACUACUUUUGUGGCCACAGAAUCCUUUGAUAGCCUCCUGAUGCAGCUUUGUGAACUGUGUUGAUUGAUUGCCUGAGGAGAUGAUGCCCUGCGCUCUCCUUGUCGUUCGAAACAGUGCCUUUUGCACAAUCGGGAUUUAUUUAUAUAACUGACAUUACUGUA